CGACGCUGCCUGUCAUUAAAUUUUUAACAGUUAGGCGCCUUUUUUGUGUCCCUCGUUGAUUAAAAAGUAGUAAAAAUCUGUUAAUAACGGCAUAAAGUGUUAUCUUUCUGUAUUUUGCUCAAGUGUUUGUGUUUUUCUGUUGUUUGCAGUACCGGGACGUCGUAAGAGAUGGCUGAUGUUGCGCUAGACCCUCAGAAUUCUAACCCGAAGGAGUUGUUCGGGCAAGGGGUUCGGGCUUACGUCCUGCAGGAUUUUGACACGGCUGUUAAGGCCUUCAGCAAGGCUAGUGAGCUUUUGGCCGCGGAGCAUGGAAGCGACGUUCAUGAUUCUCUCGGUGAUGUUUAUCUCUACUACGGCAAGUCUUUGUUGGAAUUGUCGAGGAAGGAGAGUGGGCCUUUGGGAGAUGGCGUUUUGAAAAACGUGGAAGAGGAGUCCGAGACGGAGGACGUGGAGGAAAACGAAGCUGGAGAAGAGGAGAGCAAACCAGUUAAUGGAGAAACACCUAAGACUGAAGAAGAAGACGAUAAACCACCAGCUGAAGGUGAAACGGAUCAAAAGGUUGAAGAAAGCGGAAGUUCCGAAGAAAAGAAAGAAGGGGAGGAAACCGAAGACGAGUUGACUGAUCUCCAAGUGGCGUGGGAAGUGUUAGAAUUAGCCAAACGUAUUUUCACCAAUCGGGGCACCGAGGGGAAGAAAAACCUAGCGGAAACUCUGAUCGUUCUCGGGGAAAUAUCUCUAGAAAGUGGUAAUUUCACUUCGGCUAUUGAAGACAUGACCCAGGGACUGGAAAUCCAGAAAACUCUUUUUGGAAAUGAUAGCCGUACUAUAGCCGAAACGUGUUACAAAUUAGGAGGGGCUUAUUCAACCAACGGCCAGAUCGAUGAAGCCAUCGCAAGUUUCAACUCGUCCUACGAAUAUUUGCAAAACAAGAUCACCAGUCUGAAGAAGGACGAGAAAGAGUCAAAUAGUGAGGAAAUCGAGGAGCUGAAUGGUCUCAUCCCCGAGAUUCAGGAAAAAAUAGCUGAUAUGAAGAAUUUGAAAACCGAGAUUGCUAAUAAAAUGACCUCGUCCGUUGAGGAUGAGACCGCUCCUAAAACAAACGGGAGUGCUGGAGCCUCGUCGUCGAAGCAAGUGAACGAUAUCUCCCAUCUGGUCAAACGCAAGAGGAAGGAGGACGAGGCCAAGGAGGAAAACCCAGCCAAACGGCCUUCGCCCUAGAUCGACCUUCCAUGUAUUAACUCUAGGUUAGGUUUUGUUAAGCUCGUAUUUGUAAUAAACUGUUCCUUGUGUUUUGCUUUUCUUUAAUAAAUUAUUUUUCCACA